GUAUUGUUUCAUUAUUUGGUUAAGAAAUGAAAUAAGUGUCUUGACUAUUUUUGAAUGUCAAAUAUCCAACACGUGUACUUGAGGUAAAAUAAAGUGUUAAGAGUAACAAAGCUUCAUUUGCAGUUAGAAUCAUUUUAUGUGGUAGUCUAGAUAUGAUUACUCUCCCUGUUUUUUAAGUGCAUCACUUUGACUAUCACGGAGUUUUAGGAGAGGGAGUUGAAUGGAUUAAAAAAUUGUGUAAUUGGGAUUUGUUGGAAAUAAAAAUUAAUUAAAAAAAAAGAGAUUUUGGGAGUAAUAGCUUAUUUAAAGUAAGGAAUGUAAGAUUAGAUAAUAAUAAUAGAAGUGGGGGACCAUGUGAGGAGAGAGAUACAAUAAAAAUAAGAAAAUAUGUCAAAAAAAAGUGCUGAAUUUAAAUAAGGGCCGAAAAUGGAAAGUGAUGCACUUAAAAAAAUUUGGAGGGAGUGUAUUGUUAACUCAAAUAUGUGAGCUGAACAUUCCAAAUUGUCAUUGUAAAUGAGGGAUAGUGUUUGGUGGUCUUGUACCUUCUGAAAAAACAAAAUGUUCUCCUAAUUAUCCUAAAUCCCAAUCUUUUGGGGAUUGUGCAGUCAUAUGUAAUCCUAUAAAUUUGCAUAGCCAGAAGGUAAUGCAUGUGCGGGCUCUUUGUUCAAAAAAAAUUGGAUGAUUUAAUUGUGCAAGACUGCAAGUGGAGCUUAUAUAUUUACAUACUCCGUAUGAAAAUAUGGUCUCUAUUUGGCUGAUAGUGACUCUGUCAGUGCUGAUCUUAUAUUCUUUCCCAUACCAGUUCUUCUUUAGUCAGAGGUUUAAGUUUAUCUUUCAAUUGAUUGAAUUUCCCCUUUCAAUUUGGUGAUUGAAUUUUUUGGGCGGAAAUUAGGGAGGACAUGUCAUUACAAAUUAUUUCCUUAAUUUCCGGGCCCAUGUCGAUUUUUUAUUCAAAGAUAUUUGUUGUUAUGCAGUCUAAAAGUUGUUCAAUUGGACACUCUUUUCCCCACCUCCCUGAAAGCUAGUAGCUUUAAUUUUUUUUUUUUUAAAGGAUAGCCAACUAAAAGGAUACAAACACACCUUUAAUAUUGGUACUUAAUAAACCCACCAUUCACAUGCUGCUAUGCAAAUAAUAUAAAUUUAGUAAGGGAAUAUUUUGAAAAAGUAUAGACUGGAAAUGACUAGCAGGGCUUGCAUCCAUUGGUGGCUGAUGCUGAUAAUUUUUGUAGGGAUUGGUUGUUUGAAUGGGUAUCCUCUCAAGGAUCUUGUGAUAGGAUUGCCUGGCCAACCAAAAGUUGGAUUCAGACAGUUUGCUGGCUACAUUGAUUUGGAUGUUAAGACUGGAAAGAGCUUGUUUUACUACUUUGUUGAAGCUGAGAAGGAUCCUGACCAUAAGCCUCUCACUCUUUGGCUCAAUGGAGGCCCUGGUUGCUCGUCACUUGGUGGUGGUGCAUUUACGGAAUUGGGACCAUUCUUUCCUACAGGUGAUGGUAGGGGUCUUCGAAGAAAUCCAAAAUCUUGGAAUAAAGCAUCAAAUCUCCUAUUUGUGGAGUCUCCUGCUGGAGUAGGCUGGUCAUAUUCAAAUACAACGUCUGAUUACAAUGCCAAGGAUACCUCAACAGCGAAAGACAUGCACAUUUUUAUGAUGAAAUGGUAUGAGAAGUUUCCAGCUCUGAAAUCGAGGGAUUUCUUUCUUACUGGAGAAAGCUAUACAGGGCAUUACAUACCACAGUUAGCUGUUGCUUUACUGGAUCAUAAUGCCCAUUCUACUGCUUUUAAGUUCAACAUAAAAGGAGUUGCUAUUGGAAAUCCAUUGCUCAGACUUGAUCGAGAUACUCGGGCAACAUAUGAGUUCCUAUGGUCACAUGGGAUGAUUUCUGAUGAAAUUGGUCUCACCAUAAUAAAGGAAUGUGAUUUCAGUGAUUAUAGUUUUGGUAGUCCUGAUCAUAAUGUUUCUGGUAAAUGCUAUGAUGCAAUAGCGGAAGCUCAGCUCAGCGUUAGUAGCUACGUUGAUAACUAUAAUGUCAUUGUAGAUGUUUGCUACCCAUCGAUAGUGGAGCAAGAAUUCCGGUUGAGAAAGCAGUAUGCUUCAUCUUCAUUCCUUAGUGAAAUAGCCACUAAAAUAAGCUUGGGUAUUGAUGUUUGCAUUAAUUACGAAUCUGGAUUCUAUUUUAAUCUUCCAGAGGUCCAAAGUGCUCUCCAUGCAAAUCGAACAAAAUUGCCCUACAGCUGGUCCAUGUGUAGCGAAGUUUUGAACUAUACCAAAACUGAUGUCAAGAUGAAUAUGCUUCCCUUGCUUAAAGUAAUUAUCCAAAAAGGUGUUCCGGUUUGGGUUUACAGCGGAGAUCAAGAUUCUGUAGUUCCACUUCUGGGAUCCCGCCAGAUGAUUCGUGAACUUGCUCAUGAACUAAACUUUACAGUCACUGCUCCUUAUGGAGCUUGGUUUCACAAAGGGCAGGUAGGAGGUUGGUCAACUGAGUAUGGAAAUUUGUUGACCUUUGCCACAGUGAGGGGUGCUGCACAUAUGGUGCCCUAUUCACAGCCAGCCAGGGGUUUACUCCUCUGUAGUUCUUUUGUUCGUGGACUAAGAUUGCCUAAUGCAACACGCCAGGCCAUUGAUGACUAGCAAUAUUUAGCAAAUCACGUGAAUUAGAAUUGGUAUGGGAUCUCCAAUUCUCCAUUUGCUAUGCUGCAGGAAACCAUCAGUAAUGAAAGGCAGAUUCAAGUGCUUUUUCUUAGGCAAUAACUAAUUAUUUCUUAGGCAAAUUUUUUUUUGCUCUUUGGUGCGAAUGCUUAGGCAAAUGUACACAUAGUAUAGCGAGACUGUAAUGCACGGAUUUGUCAAAUGGUUGUUGUCUCCUAUUUUUGAAACGUCCUCAAGGCAUCUCCAAGACAUGAACAUCACUAAUUAAUGUCUUAUAUUAUAAAUUUAUAUGGAGUAUAAAUACAUCAAACUAAUAU